GCUUUCGUUCCCCGCCGCUCAUGCACGCGCGUGGACGCUGCGACGACUGCUUGGCGCGCCGGCGCACCUUGUGUUACGGUACUCGCGAGAAACCGGGCAUGCGCAGAGCGGCGCAGAUACGGCAAGGAACAGCCGGCUCGGCGCCCGAUGCGUCACCAGUCUCGCCAUUUUCGAAGGCUCUGCUAUCGGCGCUGGUUUGGAAUCCGUUGGGCCACGUAUUGUACUCCCGCUGCAGAUGGUGACCUGUGGAACCCAGAGGAGUACCUUGUUGUUGAUCGCCACGUGUUAGGAGCGGCUAGAGAACGUCACUACAGUAUUCUGCAUGUUAUUCACCAGUUAGUUUUCCUUUCACGUCUGUUAUGCUGAAAGAUUGUAGUCUACUUUGGAAUUCGUUCAAAGGGCACUUUUGGUAUUAACCCAGACCAUGGAAGCAAGGCUGAGAAAAAAAGCAAGGAAAGAGAACCCAAAAAUAUUCAGUUUGACGAAAAAAUCAUGGAUUCUGAAUGGAAUGUUUACGAGGCAUCAGAGAAAUGGAAUUGGAGAGUCUUUUAAGUAAAAAUUUGUAGUGAAUUAUUUAGCGAUUUGAAAUUUUGUGUUGAUAACGUUUUAUUUUUUGAAUCACGAGACAACUUCAGGGGAUGAUGGUGAAACAAAAAAGUGAAGCACUAGGGUGGACCUAACAAGGAGUUGGAAGAAAACCUAAUGUUGAACUGAUUUUUGAACACCUAAAAAUGUACAAGAUAGAUCAAACUGUUACAAAGAGAUUAUGAUAAAGUUAUUUAUUGUGCCUGGAAUGGACAUAUGCCAAGUGCAGAAUCCAGGGCUUUCGUUCAACCAUCUGUACUGCUCACGGCAUGGUACAGCGGCGGCGCUGGCAGCGAGGAUGCCCAAGGAUAUAAGAGCGGCAACGUGGAACCAUCACUUCAGUGGGUCCGGUGGCGGCAUGGCGAACUCCCGUUUCAAGCACGUCUGUUUCAUCUUGCAGAUUGCCGUUAUCGCCGGCUGCCCCGAUGUUCUGAUGCAUGAUCCUACAAGCGACGCACCGCGCAGUCUCCUACCACGAUUCAGCGGCGCUCGAACUGGCGGCAGUGCCCGAUCUUCGGCGGGGCAGGAAUGCGCUGCUGCUGAUCGUGGGAAGGAUUUUCCGUCUAUUGACGUGCUUUCGUUCAACCAUCUGUACUGCUCACGGCAUGGUACAGCGGCGGCGCUGGCAGCGAGGAUGCCCAAGGAUAUAAGAGCGGCAACGUGGAACCAUCACUUCAGUGGGUCCGGUGGCGGCAUGGCGAACUCCCGUUUCAAGCACGUCUGUUUCAUCUUGCAGGUAACAUACAAUUACAAAUGCUACCGAAGUGAUAACCGCUGUCCGUUGCUGCUACCGGACCCUCUGAACUGUACUGCCGUUGUGACACUACUGGUGCAUUGCCUAAGAAUGUCAUUAUUGUUACUUUGUGGCGACGUAGAGACCAAUCCCGGUCCCAAAGUUGAUGAAAUGUUGUCGCAACUACUGGCUGGGCAAGCCCGCAUCAGCCAGGAAUUAGCUAGCCUAUCUGAAACAGUUGCAUCAUUUGAAAGUCGUCUAAUGAAUGUUGAGACAAUGGCAGCGUCUAUGUCAAACAUUAUACCACGUGUAAGUGAACUGGAGCAGACCGUUGGUACGCUUCAAAAACUAGUUGGCAAGCUUGACCGUCAGAACGAUGAGCUAGAGAACAGACUCCGUAAAAACAACUUGAUAAUUCAUGGUUUGCGUGAGACAUCUUCCGAGACGACUGACCAUCUGCUUGAGUCUGUAUUGGAUCUGUUAUCAGUUAAACUCGGUGUAAAGUGUGACGACAUAGAGCGUUGCCACAGGCUUGGAGCAAAAAGAGGAGAUAAACCUCGGCCGGUAAUUAUUAAACUAAUGGAUUUCAGGUCAAAGAUUGCUAUCUUGAACAACGCACGAAAACUUAAAGGAAGUAAAAUUUACAUAAAUGAGGACUACUCUGCUCGGGUUCGACUGGCACGUAAAGCGCUGUGGCAGAAUUCCCAAGAUAUGCGCAAGAAUGCUGGCAAAGUGAAGCUUAAGCACGACACACUCACGAUUGAUGGUGUUCGUUACAUGUGGGAAACUGAUAAAAAUGCCAUUGUCAAGGUUUCUACGAAUUCACUUUCAGCAGGGUCAGUCUCUGUGAAAUCGGCUUCUGCGCAAGCGCUUGGUAUGAACUCAGCUUCCUCCGAUUCUGUUUUCGCGAAGGCUGAUUGACGGUGUGAUCAGAAUAUAAUUGUCCUCAAUGUAAAUGCGAGGAGUAUACUAAACAAAAUUGAAGCUCUGAACUGUUUAGUGGAAUGCCACAACCCAUCAGUUGUUUGCCUUACUGAGACUUGGCUAAAUGAUACUGUUAAUGAUAGCGAAAUUUUGCCUGCUGGUUAUGCACUUCUUCGGAAAGAUAGGCAUGUUGGCCGUGGAGGAGGUGUGGCAGUUUUAAUUAAAUCAAAUCUUGAAUUUUCUUCAUUACCUGACCUUCCGGGCACAGAAACUAUUUGGUGCAAAAUAUACAUUGAAGGUAUCGUAAUAGUUGUUGGUGUCCUUUAUCGCCCUCCGAACUCCGACGAUGUUGUUCCUGCUAUUAAUGAUUACCUUGUCAGUAACAAGUUGUACGAUUGUAAAUUAUUGUUAGCUGGAGAUUUCAAUCUCCCGUACGUUAACUGGAACUUACUUACCCCAACUGGGCGUGAUCGGGCGCUUUGCGCUUCCCUGAUCGACCUGACGGUUUCUUUUGGGUUAACUCAACUUGUAGAUACUGUAACACGCGAGGACGCAAUAUUGGACCUUGUAUUUGUAAACCAGCAACUCUUAACGCACGGUGUAAAAUGUGAAGUCAUCGAAGGGUUAUCUGAUCAUAAAGCUGUUGAAGUUGCCUUGAACUUAGUGUGUCCCCCUCAAAGACCUGAGAUCAAAACUGUUUUGAACUUCUGUAAA